AUGGAUUCACCUUUCCGCCACGCCAAGGCGAGAGGUUUCCCCUCCAGCACAGAGCUGAGCACGAAGCAAGCGGCACCCGGCGUGCCGGGGCCCGAGGCCCGGUCCCGCUUCCAGAAGGUCUCGCUGGCAUCACGGAGGCUCGAGAGCGCCGCAGCCUCCCGGGAACAGGACGGCAGCCAGUCCCGCGUGUCCGUGCUGCUGCAGGCCUGGGAGCGGGAGAUCGUGGAGAAGACAGCAGCGGGGCCGUCGGGCCAGGCGCGCCGGCAGCACUCCUCCUCCGUCGACCUCCUCAGGGACUUCACCCCGCACGGCCCCGUCUUCUCGCAGGUUUAUUCCCCCGUUCAGAAGCCGAGGAGGCAGGACGAGAGGGGAAAGUCCGUGGCUGGGAGCGCCCGCAGUGCCGGCUCGCCUGGGGCUGACAGCCCGCCGCCCGCGGGGUCCCCCCUGGAAGUCCCCGUGCACCGGGAGAGCUACCUGCACGGCGCCCUCAGCCCUCCCAGACUCCCCGAAUCGUCCACGGCAGCGUUUCUCCGCAGCUCCUCACCCACCGGGUCCCCCCGCGACGGCCCCGGGCCCGCGGCAGCCGGCAUUGCUCUGGUCCCCGGCCCCCGGUGCAGGUCUGACCCUGGCUAUCGCCCUGCCGUGCCCAGGGCCAGGCAUGUCACCGUGCUGCGGACGGGCAAGGAAGCAGCCGGGUCUGAUCCAGGGCUCGCGGAGGAAAGGGAAACACCAAGUGGCACGCGGGAGGCUGCCAGCGCUGCGGCUGCAGCGGCUCCGGGGGGAAGCCCGGGGCAGCGGGACAGCAACGUGCCCGAUACCGCCGGCACCAGUGAUGGCUCCGCGGCCGCCUCGGAGGCAGCGAGGCUCUCGGCUGAGGGAUCCCAGGGGGAGAAGCGUUCGACGCAAGCUGAAAACACGAAGGCGAACGACUGCCAGAGAGACGGCGACAGGCCCGGAGACCUGCAAGCCGGUACUACCAGGUGCCAGCGGUGCCCCUCAGAGGCAGCCGCCGGCCGGGCAGCGGGGGCCGCCACGGAGCAGGAGAGCACGGAGGAUGGGGACGGCUCCACUUCAGCCACACCGCCGAGGACAGAGAGCUCCGCGGGAGCUGGCGGCACCCCUGAAAUCCCCUCUGUGGAGGAGAGCAUUGGCCCAGAGCCAUCACCUGAAUCCCAGGGGCCUCCGAAGGACACGGAGGCCGAGCAGGAGGUUGGAGAGACGAUGACAGACCCCCAGGGAACGGCCCAAGAGCCGGAGAGCAGGACGGAGCUGCCCCUGGCCUCCGGCCAGCUCGCGGAGAGCCCCGCGGACGCAGCCGAGGAGGACCCCGAGCUGGUGGUGGACAUGGAGCUCUUUGUGGACACGCUGCGCAACAUGGAGCCCUCGGAGAUGCGGAAGGCGCCCAAGGGGCCGCGCCAGCCGCGGCCCUCGGCGCUGGGCCGCUGCGCCGCCCUGCCUCCCAUCCACGAGGACCGCGUGGCGCCGCGGGCGCAGCGCUCGCUGCCCACCGCCCUGCGGGAGCUGCUGGAGAAGGGCGACGCCGCGGCCCGGGAGGAGAGCCCCGAGGAGGAGAUCGAGAACCCCUACCUGAGCCGGGACGAGAAGCCGCCGGCGCCGGCAGCGCCCCGGCGGGGCGUCCCCGGGGAAGGCAGGCCAGAGGUGGACUCGCUCCUGGGGACGCUGAGGCAGGCCGGGACGGAGGAGAAAGCCAAAGUCGCCAUCCCCAGGGCCUCCCUUGACCACAGCGUGCUCUUCCGAGGCAACGUCCUCAAAGGCACGGUGCUGCUCUCCGACUUCCUGGAGCACCGGGCGGCCGCGGCGGACGAGGCCAAGCCCUACUCGCGCCUGGACAACAGCGUGCUCUACAGCCGCCUCGUGUGCCCCGCCGCGGCCCCGCUCGAGGCGCCCGAGAGCGACGGCUCGAGUCCGCAGGGCCGGGCACCAGCCAACGGGCCGUGUCCCGGCAGCCGCCGUGGCCCCGGGCCCUGCCUGGACGUGGCUCAGGAGAUGGCCUUGCCAGAAGCCCCAAGUCCCAGCCACGUCCCUCCUGCUGCCAAAGAGCCGGCGCCAAAAAGCACCCUGUGCCCUGCUGACACGGUGGAGGACAAGGAGAUCUUCAAGAAGAUCAACACGAGACCCGGCAAGAUCAUCCUCUUCUCUGAGUCGGGCUUCGCGGGCCAGAAACGAGAGAUCUGGGGUGACGUUCCUGAUGCCACAUCCUGGGAGCUCUCGCACACCAUCUCCAUCCGCGUCGUCCGAGGAGGGUGGGUGAUGUACGAAAAGCCACGGUUUCACGGGCGCAAAUGCGUGCUGGUGGAGGGGGAUGUGGAGAUCGACAACCCCUGGACGACCUACGGGCAGAGCCAGCCGCCUGGCGAGAGCGGGCCCUUCCGCAUCGGCUCCUUCAAGAGGGUGGUGCAGGAUUACCGCGUCCCUGAGAUCAGCCUGUUCACGGAGGAGAAUGGUGAAGGCACCAGGCUGAAGUUCACCGACUCGGCGGAGGACACCCGCACACGGGGCCAGGCCCUGACAGCCUCUUCCAUCAUCGUCCACUCUGGCCUGUGGCUGGUUUACUCCAAGCCGUUCUUCGAUGAUGACCCCUACGUUUUGGAGCCAGGCGGGUACCCCAACUUAAAGGCAUGGGGAGCAAAGGACCCAUCCAUCUGCUCCAUGCACCCCAUCCGGCUGGGCUGCCCCGUCGUGGAGCGAGCCGGGGAGCCGCAGGCGGUCAUCUACGAGGACGUGGGCUUCCAGGGCCGCAGCUUCUCCAUGAGCCGAGACAUCUAUGACCUGAGAUGCCUGCCCGGGCUGCCGCUGCCCACCGUGGGCUCCCUGCACAUCCUGGGUGGCUGCUGGGUUGGCUACGAGAAGGAAGGCUUUCGGGGCCACCAGUACCUGCUGGAGGAAGGGGAGUACCACGACUGGACACAGUGGGGCGGCUACAACAAGGAGCUGGUGUCCCUACGCCUCAUACGGACGGACUUUUCUGACCCGGCGCUGGUGCUCUUUGAAGCCAUGGACUUCGAGGAGGGCCCCAGCGUGGAGCUGAGCGAGGCGCUCCCCGACACGCGGCUGGCCGGCUACGGCCCCAUCACCCAGUCCAUCCACGUGCUGAGUGGCGUGUGGGUGGUCUACGAGGGCACCAACUUCUCGGGCGAGCAGUAUGUCCUGGAGAAAGGUGUGUACCGCAACUGCGAAGACUGGGGUGCUGCUGACUGCCGCAUCGCCUCGGCACAGCCCAUCCUGCAGGUCGGGGAACACAACCUGCACUUCGUCUCCAAGAUCCAGCUAUUCUCAGAGCCUGACUUCUUCGGGGACCACGUCUCCUUCGAGGAUGACCAGAGCGCCCUGCCGCCCGCCUUCGUGCCGCGCUCCUGCAGAGUCCGCGGGGGCAGCUGGACCCUGUUCGACGGACAGGCGUUCGCAGGGGAGCAGCAUGUGCUGUCCGAGGGCGAGUACCCCACACUCAGUGCCAUGGGCUGCCUCUCCUCUACGGUCAUCCGCUCCUUGAAGAAGGUCCCAGUGUUUUUCUCGGAGCCCUCCAUCUUCCUGCACGGGCUGGAGUGUUUUGAAGGGAAGGAGAUUGAGCUGAACAACGAAGUGCGGAGCCUCCAGGCCGAGGGGUUCAACAACCACGUGCUGUCAGUGCGCGUCAAAGGAGGGAUCUGGGUGCUGUGCGAACACGGAGACUUCCGAGGCCGCCAGUGGCUGCUCGACCGCACCGAAAUCACCAACUGGCUGACGUACAGUGGGCUCCAGCACGUGGGCUCCCUCUACCCCAUCCGCCAGAGACGGAUAUAUUUCCGGAUCAGGAGCAAGGAGCUGGAGCGCUUCCUGUCCGUCCCUGAUGACGCUGAGGACAUGAAAGCAGGGCGUGUGGUGGUCUCGAGCCUGAGCGACCAGAGCAGCUCCGUCUGGUACUACGAGGAGGGGCUGAUCAAAAACCAGGUUGCCCCCAACAUGAGCCUACAGGUCAUCGGGCCUGCUGGGAAGGGUGCGAAGGCUGUGCUGUGGUCUGAGAAUCGGAUGCCGCGGCAGACCUGGAGCAUUGAUUCUUUGGGACGGAUUCACAGUCAGAUGUUUGAGGACAUGAUCUUGGAUAUAAAGGGCGGCCGAUCGUAUGACCGGGAUCACGCAAUCAUUUGGGACAUGGCUGAGGAAAGACCCACACAGAUCUGGGACAUACAAGUGCUAUGAGGGAAUGUGUGACCCUGGCUCCGAGAAGUGCCGCAGGACAGGAUCCUCCAUUCUGGGGUGGGCUGUCUCCUUCCCUGCGCACACUGCACCCCAAGCCCUCCUCUUCCCUGGCUGCUGGCAUGAAGGAUGCCCAAAUAAUCAUCAGUCUACUGUGCUGCCUCCACCACCAAGGGGAAACCAACCGCAUCACCCUUCCGGGGCAUGGAGGAACGAGAAGCCCCAGCAAGCCACUUGUGAAGGGCCCCAUGAACGCACAGGGGACAUGCGGUGCAGGACCUGCGCAGCACUGCCUGGCAAGGCUCCUUUCCCACCCGGCUUUCCUCUCCAAACUGUAUUUAUGUA